CUUGCAGCCACCCGCGAGUUAGUCGUCUUCUUGUUCUCCCCGGCACGCGACGAAGCGCUAUCCGCUGCGCUGCAAGGGACGCAAAUGGAGUUUUCAGCUUCUCAAAGACAAAAGGCCAACAGUUUGCAUGGCACUGCAGGGCCGUCCAACUACCGAGAUGCAUCUAGUCUAAGUAAUCCAAGAGGUACAUGGAAAAAUUUACCUACUCCAAUAGCCGCCCCAUCAAAUACACGUAACACACGCCCCAGGCCAGCAGCGAGCCCCUACGAUCAAAUCUCCAACGGCAACAGUCUCCGAACAAAUCCGAAUGCGCGCCGAACGCUUCUUGAUACCCCUGCACGACCAUCAUUGCCACAAGAACCCAAGCACUCCAAACUUGAUCAUGCACCCUCCAGUACCUUGGCUAAACGGAUCACCAAUUCGAGUUCCACAAACAACACCCGCGCUUCCAUAAGACAUACAGGGCAAUCAGAUCCCGAGGUACAAAUCAUCGACCGACCUCAUGGAAUGAAAAACGGAGAAGAUCUUGGGGUACCUGUACCUCGUCCUCAUCCUUUGUCGUCUUCACCAGACCCCAUGAAUCUUCAUCCUUUCCAGACCUUUCCAAGUGACCCACAAUAUACUGACUCCAGGAAGGGCAAAGGAAAGGAUUCCUCUCCGACCACACAACCCUACACUGCGGUUGUGUCUGAUGAAGUUGAUGAUAUUGAAGACUUUUCGUCAGAGGCAGGCAACAGCCAGCCUUCGCUCCCUCCGAAACCUCAAUCGCAGCGAGCUGCAAUAGUUACGCCCAUACCGGAAUAUAUUGUCCGCGAUACUCGAAAAGUAUUCGAAGAUAAGGUUCCAUUCCUGGAUUUACGGAAACAGAAUGCACUCCGUGGCGGCGCUGGAGUUGUGAAGCAAAUGAAACCGAAAAAAACAACUAAGGUUCAACAUCAUCGUGUUUUCUUUGUAAUGACUCACACCUUCAAUCAGUCUGUCCCAACGUCUCGAUCACAGCUUGAUCAUGUUACCACGUCGUCCACGCAAUUCACAUCUAAGGAGCUUCCUCGCACAAAGGACCCUCCCCUGAAGCUCCCUUUGCAAGCAUGGGCAAUCGGUUUCAAAAUCUUCAGUGCCGAAAAUGGUUCCGAGCCCCCUGUCUUUGAGUAUGAUCCAAAGACCAGACGUCUCAAUGUGGCUGUACCUGGACAGUCUCCAUCUUUCUGGUUUCAACAAACCAAUGUGUUUGAAAGCGUAAUAGUCACAAAUGACGAAGAGAGAUCCUUGAAAGACAACGUAGUCAUACAGCUAGAGACGGCGAAAGAUUGCGAAGUCUGUGAAAACGGAAAUGCAAUAGAUGAGUUUGUACCUGGACUGAGUCGCGGACGCGGGAACCUGACGUUCUUGUUUAGUACGGAUGAAGCCAAAGGAUGGACGCAAUCGAUAUAUCAGAAACUACGCCUUCGCCUGGCUGAAGCAGCAUCUACACACAGCACUGCAAGACCAACGGGCGCAAUCUGGGGGAAAGUCCAGCAGUUUGCAGAGAUGUUUCAACAACAAAGUCGUCGUUCGUCUAAUCCUCGCUACGAGCCGAUGGCCUCUACCAUCAAGAAUGCAUCCCCUGUGCCAGAUGUGUUUAGCUCCACAAUCAAUUCUGGAUCGUGCCUGGCACCUGAAAUUAAAUCAGCUAACGCUGAGGCCGGUACAUCGCGGCGCCGUUCAUCGCGGCGCUCUGCUGCUGCAGUACCCCAAACUCCGUCAGAAUCACCUCCCAUAGCAGAUCCUGAAGAACUAAUUCUCGUAUAUCCCCCAUCUGGUCCUGGCGCAUUGAACGUCAUGGGCAGCGAUUUGAACAGGCUCAGACCGCACGAGUUCCUCAAUGAUACAUUGAUAGAGUUUGGCUUAAAGCUUUGGCUCGCCGAUCUUAAGGAGCAAAAUCCGGAUCUUGCGGAACAAAUUCACGUCUUCAGUUCGUUCUUCUAUAAGAAGCUCAACAACAAGAAAAGCUUGGACGAAGGAUACCAAAGCGUGAAAAAAUGGACGUCCAGGGUCAAUAUAUUCUCAAAGAAAUACAUAAUUGUCCCGAUUAACGAGAAUCUUCACUGGUACCUUGCCAUUAUCUAUGAACCCGAGUACACUCUUCUCCCACCCCUUCCUCAGAAAGAACCUUCUCUUUCACAACGGGCAAAGCUGCGGCGAAAGACUGCUACCGAGCCAGACGUAAUUACUGCAACUGAGCCUGAGGCUGUACCACCCCAGGACCUACCAGCAUUAGGAACACGAUCAGAGCCAGACGCCGAAUCGGCCUCACUGCACGCUACUUGCGCGUCCACGCCAAGUAUUACGCAAGAUGAAGACAUGGAUGACAUCUCACCUGUGGAAUUCACACAGUCAUGUUCAAUAUCUGGCCACCUUCCUCCGAAACUACUCAGGGUUUCACCAUCCAAUUCUAUAUCCACACAAGGCAGGUCUGCCUCUGUUGGCAAGGCCUCAGGGAGAUCGAUAUCUGUCGAAGCACAUGUAGACUUACACUUAUCGACGUCUUCUCCAUGUCUGGAACCGAUGGAUGUUGACGUCACCGUUAUCGACAUCGACACGAUCCCAGAGGGGACCGGGCCAAAGGAUAAUCUUCCAUCUUCCAAUGCGUCAACUUCAACACAUGUCUCCGAGGCUCCCAGUGUUCCGUCAUCGAAACCUCCAUCUCGUAUGGGUAUCCCUGCGGCUCACUUCUAUGGAACCUCUACCAGGACAAAGGGGAAACAGAAGGCCGUUGAGCCAGUUGUUGUGCCGGACUCCGAAGAGGAGGAUGAUCGUAAUGAGGACGAGAAGCACGAAAGGGAAGUAGACGCUAUGUUGGACGUCCAACCCAGUCUUGCUACUUCCAAUGAUCCUCUUACCACUUGGAUCUUCACGCUGGAUUCCCUAGGUUCACGGCAUCCUCAAGCACAGAAGGUAUUGCGAUAUUGGCUAAAGGCUGAAGCAAAAGACAAGCAACAAUUGGACGAGGUGAGACUGGCUGAAGUCAAGCUUGCGCAGGUCCCAUCCCAGCCCAAUUUUGCCGACUGCGGCGUCUACCUGCUACAUUUCGCUAAAACCUUCCUUGCAAAUCCUGUUCACUACUUUAAUCUCGUCCAUCAAAGUAAGAAAAUAUAUCCUGCUGAACAGCGCAAACUCGACUGGAACGAGCAUGUGGUACAGCACUCCCGGAAAGAUCUUAUUGAACGGAUUCAAAUCCUUUCCAAAGAGUGGAAGGCUUCAAGGGCGGCGAAGGAAGAGGACGCGAAACGCAAACGCGAGAGCGAGAGCGAAGAGCUUGGGCAAGCUGAUAAUGAUUCGGAUGUGGAGGUGGACAUCCUCGAGGAUACGAAGGUCUCAGAAUCCAUGCUCAAGUCCAAGGAGGAUCGACCAUUGAAGAGGUUGCGUGGUUGAAGGGCCCCUCAGCAGCCUCAGUGACAAGGAAGCUACUUACGAAUUUGAUUAUUUUUGAAGCAUACUCUUUACAUCCUGCAUACUGAGUCCCAUUGACGCGGGUGCCCUAUAAUAACGUCAAUGCUGGGCAUCAGAAUACACACAAAC